AUGGCCUUCUUCAACGGCGAGGAAACCCCCUUCGAGUUUUCAGCGCAGGCGCCAAGGGAGCCUCCCAAAAGGUCCUUCGGGGCUUCCCAGGACGUGCCCAACGCCUUCCACAUCCUGUCCACGCACGUGAGCAGCCUCGAGGCCGCCAGGGACGCAGCCGCAGCCUCCUCCCUGGACGACCUCAACGCCUCCGCCGCCCUCGACGCCGCGGCCGACCACCUGAACGACACGCUCUACCUCCUCAGCGCAGAGAACCUCAACGACUCGACCUCGCUGGCCGGCAGGAUCGCCAAGGACCUGCCGCAGGAGAUGAUCUUCAACGAGUCCCACAUCAUCACCAUCAGUGCCUACUCCUGCCUGAUGGUGCUCUCGGCGCUCGGGAACAUCUCCGUGCUCACGUCCAUCGCGGGCCGCAACUCGGCGUCGCGAGUCACGCUGAUGAUCCUCCACCUGACGAUCGCGGAUCUGCUCGUCACCUUCCUCGUCAUGCCGCUCGAGAUCGGCUGGGCGUGGACUGUCGCCUGGACGGCCGGCGACCUGGCCUGCCGCGUCCUCGCCUUCUUCAGGACCUUCGGAGUGUUUCUCAGCGGGUUCCUGGUGGUGAUCAGUGUCGACCGCUACCACGCCGUCCUGCGCCCGCUCUCGGUCACGGAGGCCAAGCGGAGGGUCAGGCUCAUGCUGUGGGCGGCGUGGAUAGGGUCGGGGGUCUGCUCUGUGCCGCAGACGAUGAUCUUCCACGUGGAGAAGCACCCCGAGUACCCGUGGUUCGAGCAGUGCGUCACCUUCAACAGCUUCCCGAGCCCGACGGUGGAGCUCAUGUACAACGUGGCCGGGUUCCUCGCCAUGUACGCCGUCCCGCUGUGCACCAUCGUCUUCUGCUACGGCUCCAUCGUCAUCGUGCUCUACAGGAAGGACGGGCGGCCCUGCAGGAAAAUUCAUUUCACAUACACCAAGUUCUGCGCCAAUUUCUUUGCUGCCGUAAAAUGCGACAGAUGUUGGCGUAAACGGCUUGGCUCCUCGCCGGAGAUCAGAGGGAGGCUGUCGCGCUUUGCAGGAAGUGAAAUACGAAUAAAAAAAGAUAUUGGCUCUGUGCAUCAUCGGCCUCCGGCUUUGAAUAGCCACACAAAGGCUACAGACACUAGCAUCUCCCUCAUGCCUAUCCACUGGAUGGGCAUGAGCCGGUACUUCAUCGACCGGUCGAGCGCCCAGCUGGUGGACCCGCGCGUGCAGGCGGCGCUGUUCAUCUUCGCCGUGGCCAACUCCACCGUGAACCCGCUCGUCUACGGCUACUUCAACGUGCGCCGCGGCUCCCGCAACCCCCCCUCGCGCCAGGAGUGGAGAAUGAAGAGGAUCGUGUACAAACCCCCGUACGUGUGCUAUGUUUGA